AUGGGGCACCUGUCUGCUCAGUACUUCUAUGGGAAGAGGAGGCUUUCUGUGCCACAGACUGUUGUAGUGCCAGCCCACCCAGCUAUCAGUGAGGAUGAGGAAUCUGACAGCGGAGACAAUGACAUUGAAGACCCUGACUUCAUACCACCCAGCCACGACCUGGACACCUCAGACCUGAGUGACAGUGGUCCCUCUGGUAAGCGGAGGUGCGUGCGGCCUACGGUGGAGGUGCUUGAGGAUGAGGACGAUGAAGACGAUCUUCAUGACCACAACAGCAACAGGCAUGAAGACGACGACCAGCCAGCACCACAGGCCAAGAGGCCCACACAAGAGAAAAAGUCCACAGCCAGACUGACCACCUGGAAGAUGGUUGACCUAAAUAACCCACCUCUGCCUGAGUACCAGCACUCUCCCCCUGACUUCGUUGGGACUCCAUUUGAGUACUUCAGCAGAUACUUCAGCCCCGAAGUUAUCAAGCACAUAACGUACCAGACCAACUUAUAUGCAACCCAGAAAGAUGUUAACACCACUUUCACCACCACUGAAGAUGAGAUGCUGAAUUUUCUGGCUAUCCUGAUCUACAUGGGAAUUGCUGAGCUGCCUUCAAUCGAUGACUACUGGGCAAUGGACACCAGGGUCCCUCAAGUUGCAAAUCUCAUGUCAUCUAAGAGAUUCAGGCUGAUGAGGAGGCUUGUCCACUUCAACGACAACACUCAGAUCCCUGGCACUGUUGACAGAUUCUUCAAGAUCCGGCCACUGUUCAGCUUCCUGAAUACUGUCUUCAGGAAGGAGCCACAAACCCCCAAGCAGUCUGUGGAUGAAGUCAUGGUUGCCUACAAAGGCAAGACAGCUGGAAACCUAAGGCAGUACAUCAAGAAUAAGCCAGACAAAUGGGGAUUCAAACUGUUUGCCAGAGCUUCUGAGGAUGGCUUCAUUCAUGACAUGGUGCUUACUAUAUCCCUCUCUACCACCACGGCCAUCUUUGCAGACAACUUCUUUACCAGCCUGGAGUUGGUGCGGUACCUCAAGGACAAGAACUGCAGGUACACAGGGACAGCCAGGGACAACAGAAUAGGGAAACCCCCACUCAAGUCCAUCAAGGAGAUGGAGAAGAAGGCUGUUCCUCGGGGUACCUACAGCUACGUCACCAGUGAUGAUGGGAUACUGGCCCUCAGAUGGAAGGACAACAAGACUGUCACUCUGCUGUCCACAGAUAUUGGAGUGGAGCCCAUGUCCUCAGUCCACCGUUACUGCAGUGAGACCAAGCAGAAGGAGGAAGUGAGCUGCCCCGCUGUCAUCAAAAGCUACAAUUCCAGCAUGGGAGGAAUUGACAAGAGUGACAUGCUGGUUCAUCUCUACCGCAGCCCCAUGAAAUCGAAGAGGUGGUACAUGCGGCUGUUUGCAUAUGCAAUUGAUGUCAGCCUCACAAAUGCCUGGGUGAUCUACAAGCGAGACUGCAAGGCUCUUGGUGUGGAUGGCCUGUCACUGAAGAACUUUAGGAUCCAGGUUUUCAGGUCUGCCAGCACCCGGAGGCCAGUCAUGUCUCGCCCACGAAGGAGCUCAGCAUUUCAAGCAAGCCUAAGCACCUCUGUCGAUGUUCCUAAACCUGUGAAGGGACACCGCAGCCACACCCCGGAUCAUCUUGUUCGGUUUGACCUGUCCCUCUUCCAUGCUCCUCUCCACACCACCCGCCAGACCUGCAAGCACUGCAGCAAGAAGGGACACAUCUUGAGGUCAAACAUCCUCUGCAGGGUCUGCAAGGUCCACCUGUGCCUCAAUGCUGACCGCAACUGCUUCAUCAAGUACCAUGAAGCAGUUGCCUAG